UUGGCUAUGUAAGUAUAAUAAUUAAUUAUUUACUAACAUACUGUAAUAUUACAACUUAUGCUUUAAUUAUGAAUUAUAAUUAUGAUUAUGAAGGGAUUUCCAAUAGUUUUUGCACUUAUGUCCAGAAAGACUACAUCUGCUUAUAAUAAAAUAAUUAGCUUUUUAAAGCAAUUGGAACCAGCCUGGAACCCAAACACUGUAAUGAGCGAUUUUGAAAGGGCGAUAAUUCGCUCAUUUGAAGAACAUUUCCAAGAAGAUUUUUUCAUGUACUAUAGGCGUUUUUGGAUAAAUGAAAUUGGCCCUGUUACUCUCUCAGAACAUGGGCGUACUGAUAGAACAAAUAAUAUUUUGGAAGCGAGCCACAGGAACUUGAUGAGCCAUUUCACGCAUUCAAAUCCAUCACCUUGGUCUUUUGUUGAACGUUUAUUACCAUAUAUUGGAGCCAUUACUAAAGACAUAAGGCGAGCAAGAGAUGGAAUCGAAAUUCAUAGGGAUCAACCUGUAAUAUGGCAACAACAAAACAACAAAAUUUUGCGAGCACAAAGACAGUUGGGUAUGGGUCAACUGACAAUAUUUGAAUUUCUUGUGCGCUGCAUACAUACAACUCCACAAUUUGGAGUGCCAGCACCUAUUCAAAACGAUGAACACGACAUCCCAGAGGUUGUGAAUCACGAAAAUAAUGCCGCCGAUCUACAAAUUGAUAAUCAGGACUUUGGAUCUGAUGAUGAUGAUGAUGAUUUUGAUACCAGUGAUGUAGAACCUAACGAUAUUGAUGAUAUGAUCCGAGAUAUUGAUGACAACUGAAAACUAUUACCGACUUAUAUGAAAGUACUACAUUGGUGUGCCUCUGAAGUCUUGUUUAUUUUAUUAGCUC